GCCAAACUAUCAACGUAGUUAUUAUCGUAAACAGUCUAAAUAGUGACUUAGCAAACUAAGACUUUCAUUUUUUUAAACUAAUUACUGAUUGGGAUUUUACUUUUGAAAAUAUAAGCAAGGUGUAUUAUAACAGCGGAUGCCUGAGAUUCGUCUAUUUCUUCUAAAUAAUAUGUUGGUAUGGCAAUAGAAAGUGAAAUAAUUUUGAACAAGAACAUAUGUUAUCUACACGACUACACAGCUACAUUGAAUUAUAUUAAAAUUAAACCCGCGGUGAAUUAAAGUGUCGUUGUACCUCGGAGAAGAAAUUCAAAACCCGACGGCUGACUUUGCUGCCGCCUACGUCAUAGAGAUGAGCAGCGAGACUAAACUGUUGAUUGGUAGCGAUAUGAUCGCGUCAAAAGACAUACUCAACCCUUUUGUGCACCAUCUGGAGCUGACUUCCACCUACGACAAAUUUAAAACUGCAUUUUUCACUAUAGUUGUUCUACCCGUAAGGAUAAUGGCAAUUUUGGUGUUGCUGUUUAUAGCUUGGCUGUUAGCAACCAUUGGUUUGGCCGGCGUUAGUCAGACCGAAUUAUCAGAGAAACCACUUACCGGAUGGAGACGCUGCGUCAGAAGUGCGGUGUACGUGAUCGUCCGGCUUAUGUUCGGGGCGGUUGGCUUCCACCGGGUCAGAACUGUUGGCGAACAGGCCACGCGACAACAGGCUCCCGUGCUGGCUGUCGCGCCGCACUCAUCCUUUUACGAUGGACUGGCGGCCGUCGUCACUGGCGGCCCAACCAUCGUAGCUAAGGAAGAGAACUCGUUCAUACCAAUCGUAGGAAGAGUAAUAAACUUCACACAGCCAGUGUACGUUCGGAGAGACGACCCAGAAUCGAGACAUAACACAAUACAGGAGAUAAUUCGCCGUGUAAAAUCUGACCAAGAUUGGCCUCAGAUUUUAAUAUUUCCGGAAGGCACAUGUACGAACCGAUCGUGUCUGAUAACGUUCAAGCCAGGUGCCUUUUAUCCAGCAGUGCCCGUUCAACCAGUAUUGUUACGGUACCCAAACAAACUGGACACCGUCACCUGGACAUGGGACGGUCCUGGAGCAUUGAAACUCUUAUGGUUGACUAUGACGCAGCCGACUACGACGGUGGAAGUGGAAUUUCUACCGGUGUACGUGCCCAGCGAAUACGAAAAACAGAACCCAAAAGCGUUCGCCGAAGGUGUUCGUAACGUUAUGGCCAAGGCAUUGGCUGUUCCAACUGCAGAUUACACGUACGACGACUGUAGAGUAGCCGUAAAAGCCGGUCAACUGGGUCUGCCGAUGACCUCGAAUUUAAUCACCGUCGAAAGACUUAGAAGUCGACUAGGAUUGACGCGAAUUAAGAUCGAGGACUCGGCUCUGGUUAAGAACAUGCUGUCGUUUCAAAACCGAGAGUCUCAACCGGUAGAUUUGGCAGAGUUCGCAAACAGUUUAAACGUCACCGCUGAGGAUGGUUCACUGGUCAGCCUCUUUAAAAUGCAUCUAGAGAAUGAACAUUUGUCGACCAUAGAUUUUAAAAAGUACUUGUUGGCCGAAUACAUUUUGCAAAAAGCCACAUCCAAAGACGAUUUAAUUAUAUUGGCUUUUAAGUUGUACGGUGAAUAUUUUGAUAAAGAAAUGUUCGAGUACGUGUUGAACCUCGUCUACAAUCUUCCAAAAUCUGAAGCAUCUGUCAUUUACAACGAAAUGACCGAUAAGCCGAAUGAAAUCAAAUUAUCGGACUAUUUAAAUUAUGGGAAAAAGUAUCCUGAAAAAAUGGAGUCCUUGCAAAAUCAUAGUAAGAAUUCGGCACACAGAACCGUAACAGAUUUUUCUAGUUGUGGGCAAUCGUUCCAUGGCGCAAUGGAUGAUAAUAAGAAGUAUCAAUGACAUACGGAACAUCCUACAAGUACAAUAGUACCUGUUGCAGACUGAUAUUAAACAUUUAUUUUUAAGGUUUUAUACAUACUAUUUGUUGAAUAUAUAUAAUAUAUAAUAUUUUGUUACUUAAUGUGUAUUUAUAAGGAUUAUUUACAUUUAAGAACUUCGAUGCACGACUAUAUAUGAUAUAGAUUAUAGGCCAUAGUUCUCGAAUCAAACCUACAGAGGUUUUGAUUGUACAAAAUAUAAAUAUCAUCUAUGUGCUUGUAUACUAAUAUAUAGUCUAAAAUUUUGGUACUUAUAUUAUAAUAUUAUUAUCUUAUUUAGUAUAUCAGUAUUUAGUGCUGUUACCUAUGUUAUAAAAUGUUUUGUGUAUUUUUAUAAUAUAUUACAUAUUAUUAUGAUAUCAAUACAAUGUUCGCUACGGUGCUUUUAUCGCGGGUUAGUUAUUUGUUUUUAAACCAUAUUGAGAAUAUAUCGCCGAGUUUGCACCGAUCGAUAUUAUAUGCCUAUUAUUAUACUAUUAUAUUAUACUAGCCAGAAUACCUGGCUUCGCCCGAGAUUUAAUAUCUGUUUUUAUAUCCUUUAUGAUAAACAGUAAUAAUAUUGUUUAUAUUGUUUAUAUAUAUGUAUGUAUUACGAUAAUAGUUAAUCAAAUAUUUGUCAAAAUGUGUUUAUUUUAAAAAUAUAAGAUGUUAAUUCAAAAUAAAA